AUGGUCCUAUUCAAAAGGAAGCCGGUGCAGUUUCUGACUGUUCCGAAUAUUGAAGAUGACAGCCAAGAGGUUUGGCACAUCCCUCAGACGGGAGAGAUCUUCGUAACAUAUGAGGAAUACCUCAACCGCAUGGACUUCUACAAUCAGACUGCUGGGGCAGCUGAGGUUGAGCAGGCGUUUCCUGAGGCCCUCAAGGGUCCUGUUCUUCGACGUGUUCAGUUCCAAACCGUGUCUCGCAUCGACACUCUGGUUGAUCAGAUCUACGAUGAGUUUAAGAACGACUACUAUCCGGGUGAGACUGUUACCGUGAGCAUCGAUGGAGAGAAACUACACGGUGUAGUCCGGGACAAGACUCGAUUCGGAGGCACGGUCCUGCCUGAUGGUUCCACCGCUCCCCCGUAUUCCCGCUACUUUGUCAGCCUCAAAGAGCGGCAGGAGGAGGUGCCCGUCAAUGACUCUCAGAUCUUCCGCGACCGCAAGGUCUUCACCAAGUCGGUCCUUCGCUCUUUCAUCAAGAAGACAGUAACACGCGAGGCUUGGAACGGCGCUCCCUGGCUAGUCAAGACCGACAUUGCCGAGCGAUAUCACAUUGACACUCGAAUCCCGCCACAUCUGCGCUACGACAACAAGUUGCUCGAAAGAAAGCAAAUCCAGGCACAGAAGAGGAUGACGCAACCCGGUGGUAUGGGUAUGGAAUUCAACAGCCACACCAGCCACAACACCCCUGCCUCACCAGGACAAUUUAGUCCUACAGGUCCUGUCCGCCUUCCUGAACUGAAACCAGCGCCUAAGAGUCACAAGUCAAAGGCUCAGCAGGCCGCUCAGGCCGCUGCUCAAGAGGCACGGCAGAAUGGUGGCGUAGUUUCUCGGAAACAUAACCUCUUUAACGGCCCCGAGCCGGGCGGCGCACCCGAGCCUCCCCCGCCGCCCCCGCCGCCCAAGUACCCGAUCGAGGAUUUGCAAGUCGAAUCUCGCGGCCUGGUGCGACCGCAACUCAAGUACCUGUGUGCCGAUCCGCCUGUCGACCUGGAACCCACUUUCAAGGCGCCUUUCGAUGGCAAGAUACUCAUGAAGUCGGUAGGACCCCUUCUCGAGACCUGGGAUACCCUCAACGUUUACUGCGAGAUCUUCAAGCUGGAUUCGUUUACUUUCGAUGACUUUGUGGAGGCCAUGCAGCUCGCCUCGGAGGAGAUGCCGGUACAGCUUUUCAACGAGAUUCAUUGCGCUGUCCUCAAGAUUCUGGUCAGCUCCGAGGCCGACGGCGGUAAGGUCCAAAUUCAGCUACCCGAGCUUGAAGAGGAGGAUGAGGAAGAGGAGGAUGAAGAAGAUAGCGCCGCCGCAACCCCUGAACCCGAGUCGCUACCUACCGCCCGCGCGACACGCAGCAGCCUCGCUAAGCUCGAGGCUGAGCGACUAGCUGCCGAGGCUGCUGCUGCCGAACGAGAAAUGCAGGAGGCCGAAGAUGCGCCCAAGCACCGUGCCGAGGAGGUUCUGAAGGCCUACGACUGGAUCGAGCACCUGCGGAAGCGCGAUUUCAAGGACGGCGGCUGGGAGCUGAUCAUGGUCGGGUUGUUACACCAGCUGAGCAAGAACGAAAGGCUGAACGCGAGCUGCGAGGAACUUCUGGAGCAGCUUGUGCCUGUUGAGGAUGAAGAGCCGAGUCGCGAGACGGUGCGCGCGCGGUAUGCGAGCCUCGAUGUGAACUAUCGAGUUCAGGCUUUGCAGAUCAUCUGCAUGCUCACUGCGGAAACCAAGGCGAUAAGGGGGUAUAUGGAGGAUUGUAGCGAGCAGAUGACGGCGUACCGGAAGGAGAAGAUUGAGUGGCAGCGGAAGAGGAAACAAGCUCUUGAGGACCUCAAGAACUUGAACGACCAACGCAAGAUCUUACUCCCGGACAACCUGCCCCCGAGUCCGCAAUUGGAGCCAGCUAAGGUCAACGGCGUCAACGGAGCGCACACUAACGGCGAUGUGAAGAUGACGGAUGUUGAUGAGAUCUCCUUGACAGGAGGGGUUCAUAUCUCGGACGAAAUCCCCGACUCCGACGCCGAGGAUGCCGACGGGACGCCAACUAACGGCCUGCGUAAUCUGCGCCGUGGCAACGACCGUGCCGCCGAGCGCAAGCGCAAAGAGGAGGAGAAGAAGCAGCGCGCCGAAGCGGCGGCGGCCGCUGCCAAGGUGCCUAAGCAAUCAAAGCAGUUCCUGAAGGUACUCAAGGAUAUUCAGAAGAAGGAGGACGAAAUUGCGGAAUGCGAAAAGGAGAUCGCCAUCAUCGACAACGACCUUCGCGAAGCCGAUUGCCCCCGCACGAGGGUGCUCGGCAAGGACCGGUUCUGGAACAGGUACUACUGGUUCGAGAGAAACGGAAUGCCGUACGGUGGUUUACCCGACAGCUCCACGGCGCAUGCGGGGUACGCGAACGGUUGUAUCUGGGUGCAGGGGCCGGACGAGCUGGAGCGCGAGGGGUAUAUCGAUAUGAAGGAGGAGUGGCAGAACGAAUAUGUUGCCAAGUUCGGAAUCACCGUGCCGGAAAGGAAGAAGAGGGAGGAAGGCGGUACCAGCGUGUUCAAGGCCACGCAAUGGGGCUUCUACGAGCGUGCGGAGGACGUGGAUAAGCUCCUUGAGUGGCUGGAUCCGCGGGGUGUUAACGAGACUAAGCUGAGGAAGGAACUCGUCAACUACAGGGACCGAAUCCAAAAGGGCAUGGAGAACCGCAAGACCUACGUGGGACUUGAUACAGCUACAGAGGAAGAGAAAAAGGAAGAGAACGGCGUCACGGGUGGAGAUGCGAUGGAGGGUGUUGAAGCCAGCACUACGGCCGCCGUCGUCGAGGAGCCGCCCGUCCAGCCAACAACGAAAGGAGGAAGGGGCAAGCGGAGCACAAGAGGCAACAACAACAGCCGUGCGGCCACGACAACCAGACAAGUCACUCCCGAGCCACCAGCCUACAGAUGUCUCGCAUGGGUCAACACCACGGCCAUUGAGGAGAUUGGCCAUCUCCACGGAGAGGAACCACCCCCGGCCAGGAAUAGGAAGCAAAGCAAGAAGAAGCAGGAGGCGGCCGCUGCGAAGGAAGAGGUGGAAGUCCAGGUUGCGCCGACAACAAGGAGCGGGAAGAAGAAGAGCGCGAGGUGA